GUCGUCACACGGCGGCGACACAGGAAAAGGAAUAUACGGGAUCGGUGUGGAGAGGCCUCGGUCUGGCUGGGAAAGCGGCUGGAGUUCCUCUUAGAUCUCGUCGUUGGCCCCUGGUGACUGAGGAGCCGAGACCUCCUGUGCUUUUUUGUUGGCCGCCUCAGAGCGCUGGUUGAAGAAGGCUUCGGAUUUGUUGGGCUAGCUGUUUUUUUAGGACGUCUACGUGACCUGAAGCUGAAGAUAUGAUCGAUAUAAAGGCUUGGGCAGAGUACGUGGUGGAGUGGGCUGCCAAGGACCCCUAUGGCUUCCUUACGACCGUAAUCUUGGCCCUAACCCCGCUGUUCCUCGCGAGUGCGGCGCUGUCGUGGAAAUUGGCAAAAAUGAUCGAGGUCAAAGAACGGGAGCAGAAAAAGAAGCAGAAGCGCCAGGAGAACAUAGCAAAGGCCAAGAGAACGAAGAAGGACUAAAGAAAAGGAGGAACUGCAGAACAUUACCAAUGUAAAUAAAUCGGUUGUCGGGGAGACUUUCUAUAGAUUGCGGAUUUCCCCCCCCCCCUUUUUUUUUUUUUCUUCUUCUUCUGAAAACGGCUUGACCAAUCUGAACAUUCAAUCCGGUGCUUUUAACCUGUAAUUCCUGAUUUUUAUAAAUUGCAAGCUCAACAUUUCAUCUCAGACAUGCUAUUUAAAAAAAUGUUUUUGCAAUAAAUGUUCUCUUAAAGAAAACUAUA